AGUUCGGCAGCGCGACCCGACGUGGGCACUUCGCUGUCCGGCCUUUCCUUCAUUAAAAUAUUAUUCCGUGCGUAGAGAGAGAGAAGACCCGCGGACACGAGAGCGCGGCGAGAGCCCUCGCCGCCCGUUUUCACGCCACGAACAAGGAACGCACUCUCUCGCCACCCCCGUCGCCGUGUCGUCGAUUAUUAGUACGUCGCCGUUGUUCUCGUUGUUUUAACGUGUUCGUUACGUUAAUACGUCGGGGGUGUUUUAUUAAUAACGUGGACGUGCCGGAUAAUAUACAUACUAUAAUACUAGCACACAAAUACACAAGUAUACACGUACUCUCUCUCUCCUCUCUCUCUCUCUCACUUUUUUUCUCUCUCUCUCUCUCUUCCUCUCUCUCUCUCUCACACACACAUACACGCACCCACACACACGUAUACACACACAUUAUUUUAUUAUCACAUACUCGUAAUCCGUUAAUCGUCCUCGUCGUCGUCGUCGUCGUCGUCUUUGUCGUCGUCGUCGUCGUCGUCGUCGUCGUCGUCGUCGUCCUCGUCCUCGUCCUCGUCAUCCUCUCGUCGUUAUCAUCAACGUAUCUAUCGUCAGUGUCCUCUUUGAAGAAGGAAUCCCCACAUACCUUUGCGCCAACCAAGAGAGAAAGAAAAAAAGCGUGCUUGCUGGAGGUGUUUUAUCAGUGUUCCUAUAAAAGCUACUUUAGUAUAGUAGUGUGUGACUUUAAGUGCGUUCAUUGUUUUUAUUAACGAACAGGAUUGCCAAGGGAAGAAAGUGAGAGAAAAAAAUGACCGUCUCGGCAUUCGAGGACCUUCCUUUCAAGCAUUUAGAAAUUUUCAGUCCUUCGUUGAUUUAUAAGGGGGAUACCUGCUUUAACUAAAUGGUUUAACUGCACGGUUUAAGUGCACAGUUUCAUUGUAUUGUUUCCAUCACGAAUGUUCACUUCCACUACUGUGUUUGGCAAUUUUUCUCGGACGAAAAACAAGGAACGUGGAUAUCACGUGCAUUAUCCUAUCGUCGAUAUCAACAUUGAGAUCAACAUCCUCGUCAUCAUAUAUAUUCUUGGAAUUUGGAAAAAAUACGAUACAUGUAGAUACAUACAUACGUAUGUACGUGUAUAUACAUAUGUAUGUAUACCAGUGAUACACGUGGCCAAUAUCAAAAGUGCGCGACGAAGAAAGUUCCUGCGUGAGAAAGAAAAUUAAAAAGAGAAAAGAAAGAAAAAGACGAGAUACUGCGAGCUCGCGGGAUAUGAACCCAGGUACGACCUGGGGUUGCGUCGGGGUAGCUAGGAAAGCGUCUGUCGGCGAGGAGGAAGAAGGAAAGGCAGCGAGACAGGUAGCUGAAGGAGGAAGGAGAGAAACAGGAAGCUCGAGGAGCGGAGAGGAAAGGGGACGAGGAGAAAGUUUGAAAAACGCAGGCCCAGGCGCCGUGGGUGAUGUGAGGCUGGAGCUCGCCUCACGUUUGGGGUGAUGCCCUCCAGUGAGCCCCAUCCCCCCCAGUACCACCUUCAACAUCACAACAUUCCUCCCUCUCAUCUUCAACAACACGCGUCAACCGCGAUCGGGCAACAUCAGCUCUAUCAGCAGCUGGUGGCGGCCCAUCAUCAUCAGCAGCAGCAGCAGCAGCAGCAGCAACAACAACAACAACAGAAUCAGCGACAGCAGCAACACGGCGGGCCUUUCCAAAAUUCCCCGUACGCGCAGCAAAAGCAGGAGAUGAGCCCGGAGGAGGAGGGGGGUCGAGGGGGCGGGUCCCCCCCGGCUGCUGGGGCUGCCCUUCACCAGCCCCACCACCCCCGCACGGCUAGUCCACCCUCGGGCACAGAACCCUGCACUCGCGACGCGAUACCGACACCUACCCCCAUCGCGGACACGACCACCACGACCACGACAACUACCAUAACGAUGCAGUCGCAAGCUCAGCAACAGCAACAACAAGCUCCGAGUCCUAGUCCAAGUCCGACAGGUGGUGACGUCGAGAAGUUCGACGGGAAGAUAGUUUACAAUCCGGACGGUUCGGCUUACAUCAUAGAGGGCGAAAGCGAGCUCAGCGAGGACGAUUCUCUGCCGGACGGCUGCAUCGUCGACGGUCGUGGCGUCUCCGUUCCUCAUUCUUUGGUAUUUCCUCAAAUUGCUAGCGCUUACUACGUAUCGCGGCUCUACGCCCACCAAGCUUACCAACAGCAACAGCAACAACAACAGCAACAGAGAUCGGCGCAGCAGCAACAUAAUCCGGAUUUGCCUGUUAUGCAUAGUUAUCGAGUAAUUAGUUAUAGGAGUGCGGAAGGUAGCAAGCAACCUCCUCCUCCACCGGCAGCACCCCCACCCCCGGCUGCUUCCGUGCCCGUAAAGCCCAUCCUAAUGUGUUUCAUUUGCAAGCUAAGCUUCGGCUACGCUAAAAGUUUCGUCGCUCAUGCCCAGGGCGAACAUCAAAUAAAUUUGAUGGAAGACGAGAGGCAGAUACUUUCGCACUCGACUGCGUCCGCCAUUAUACAGGCGGUUGGUAGGGGGAAACAGCCGCUGGUUAGCUUUCUCGAACCAGUUACGAGCUCGACCUGCGCCCAAUCAUCGCCGGCGCAAACGCAAAAUCAACAGCAGCAACAGCAACGCAGCGAAUCGACGGAACACGAGGCGCCUACGACGACGAGUACGCCUUCUAGUACCCCCGGCAUACCUAGCAGCCCUCAGCAACAACAAACGAUACAGAGGCCGUCCUCGAGCACUCCCAGCACUCCUACGUCACAUUCGAACCAUCCGAUCUACAAUCAUCAAACGCAUCAACAGCAACAACAAUGGACCGGUGGUCAGGUCAGUGCCGCGUCUUGGGCAAAAGCACCCGAUGCCGCGGCAUUGCACUACACGUCACCUCCACCACCGACCACCUCCACAAAGGGCUCACCUUCCUCGUAUGCGGCUUUGACGCAGCAGCCACCGAACUUUCUCACCGGCACAACGAUAGGCGUUUGUCCGGAACACAUGCAAGGUAGGCCGAGCGGCGUCGAGUGUCCCAAGUGCGAAUUGAUAUUGGCCAGUAGUCGACUGGCAGGUCCAGGUGGACCGCUCGCCGGUAUUCACAGUCGGAAUUCCUGUAAGACUUUGAAAUGUCCCAAGUGUAACUGGCACUACAAGUACCAAGAAACUCUUGAGAUCCAUAUGAAGGAGAAACAUCCGGAAAGCGAAACUUCAUGUAUCUAUUGCAUCGCUGGUCAGCCUCACCCUAGGCUAGCGCGUGGCGAGACGUAUACUUGCGGAUACAAGCCGUACAGAUGCGAAGUGUGUAAUUACUCGACGACGACGAAGGGCAAUUUGAGUAUACACAUGCAGAGCGAUAAGCAUCUAAACAAUAUGCAAGAACUCCAACAGGGCGGCGGCGGUGCUUCGGGUACGAACAAUCCGUCUUCUUCUCAGGACACACCGAUGCCAACGCGCAGCCCUCAUCAUCAACAAAAUCACAGUCCGCAUCUCAGCGGUCAAGCUGGAAGCCAGGGAAAACCGAAGCCUACGUUUCGCUGCGACGUUUGCAACUACGAGACCAACGUCGCGCGUAAUCUCAGGAUACACAUGACCAGUGAAAAGCAUACGCACAACAUGCUGGUAUUACAGCAAAACGUGAAGCACAUGCAGACGCUCUCGGCGUUGCAGUCUCAUCAUCAGCAAGCGCAGCAUCAUCAUCAGCAGGCUCAACAACAGCAUCAACAGCAGCUGGAACAGUUGCUCCAUCUCGGCGGUUUGGACAAGCCUCAACACGCCGAGGCCGCAUUAGCGGACAUGGCUUACAAUCAGGCACUCUUAAUACAAAUGAUGACGGGUGGUCAGUUACCGCCGCAACUUCCACCAGAACUGAUGGGUGGCAUGGCAGGCAUGGGUGCGAUGGGUGGUCUCGCAGGAGACGUUGGCCUUUCCCCGGAUAGCAUGGAACCGCCACCAGAACCGGCGGAUCCGGACCCUUCGCACUUGUACCACUGUUGCGUUUGUAACAAUUUCGCGACCGACUCGUUGGAGGCGCUGGGCCAUCAUUUAGCCGCCGAUAGAACGAGAACUCGCGAGGGCGAAAUACUCGCUCUCGUCGCUGGACACUUCGUCUGUAAACUUUGUUCCUACAAGACCAACCUGAAAGCAAAUUUUCAAUUACAUUGCAAAACCGACAAACAUCUUCAACGUUUGCAACACGUGAAUCAUGUGAAGGAGGGUGGCCCGAGGAACGAAUGGAAGCUGAAAUAUUUGGCUUCGCCUACGAGUGCAGCCCAAUUGCGUUGUCACGCGUGUGAUUACUAUACGAACAGUGCCCACAAAUUAGCUCUGCACGCUGCAUCGCCCAGGCACGAAGCUGCCGCUCUCUUACUGCGUCAUCUUUUAGAGGCCAGUGCCAAUAUACCAUCGCCGGGGAAACUCUAUCAUUGCGCUCUUUGCGGUUUUAGCGCGAGGCACAGGUUACCUCUCUUACAGCACGUUCGAUCUCUUAGACAUCUUCAAAUGGAGCAACUACACCAACUUCAUCGUAGAAGUGGCAUUCAAGGAAACGAGACGCCGCACACCGACAUCGGUGACGUGUUCCAAGUGGUAAGCGAUCCCGAUGUACCACCUACGCAGCAACCAAGUCCCACUACGCCAACGACGCCUAAUGCUCCGAGUACCAACAACGAACGACGAGACGAAGGCAGCGACUGUGGUAGCGAGGUUAAACAAGAACCGGAAAACGAUCAAGAAGUGGAAGCAGAGGCGGAGAAUGAACAGGAGGAAAUAAAUUGUCCGUAUUGCACUUAUCAACCGACAUCGCGAGAGGAAUUAAAGCAACAUUUGCAAGUGGCACACGUUCAAGACUCGGAAGACAAGGCUGAGGUAGUAAAGGAAGAACCCCCACCUGAAUUGUUGUGCCCGCUAUGCCAAGACGGCUUCAGGGAACGCGCUGCUUUGGAGAAACACGUAAUGCAAAUACACUCGGUAAAUGCCGAUGGUCUCCAGAGAUUGUUACUUUUAGUGGAUCAGAGUCAUUGGUUGAAUAACAAUCCGCGAAGUAGUUCAACGCCAGCGGUGACAACACCGACUUCACCUUCGACAACGAGCAAAUUGCACCAAGAGGAAGAUACGAACGAACGUUCUGGUGGAAACGAGGAAGUCGAGGAAAUAGCACGGUGUACGGUAUGCGGUCGAGUUUGUCGAUCCCUCGAGGAACUUCAGCAACAUCAUAGAGAAGCUCAUCCAGCUAGCACCCCGACCCUCGCGGUAAGCGAAAAGCAUGUGUACAAGUACAGAUGUGGACAAUGUAGUUUGGCUUUCAAGACACUGGAGAAACUUCAACAACAUUCUCAGUACCAUGCGAUAAGAGAUGCGACGAAGUGUGCGCUAUGUGCUAGAUCCUUUCGAUCGGUUCAAGCGUUGCAAAGACAUCUCGAGUCUGCUCAUGCCGAUCUCCACGAGGACGAGCUCGCUCAAUACAAACAAAGUUUGCUCCAUGCGCAUCCGUUGCUGCAAGCUUUGACCGAGGAAGCGAUAAGGAGGCAGGGUGGACUAAUUGGCGAACAGAACACCGAAGAUGACGGAGGUAGAGGCGACGAGGAGGAAAGCGACGCUAGCGAUUCCUCUCCGUUGCACAAGGAACAACGUCUUUUGGAGGAUUAUCUUAACAGUCAACCCGUUGCCGAGGAUUCCUAUCACGACCCAGGAAGGAAAUUUAAGUGUCAUCGGUGCAAAGUUGCAUUCACAAGACAAAGUUAUCUAACGGGACACAACAAGACUUUGUUGCAUCGCAAAGGUGAGAAAAUGUCCUAUCCCAUGGAAAAGUAUUUAGAUCCCAAUAGGCCGUACAAGUGCGACGUUUGUAAGGAAAGUUUCACACAGAAGAAUAUACUUUUGGUACAUUACAAUAGCGUCAGCCAUCUUCAUAAAUUAAAAAGAGCCAUGCAAGAACAAGGGAACAAUAAUACCUUGAUCUCCGUCGUACCACCGGCUAGUCCAACAGAGUCGCCAGACUCCCAACAAGAUCAGGAUAAAAAGCCGUACAAAUGUAACAUAUGUAAGGUCGCUUAUUCCCAAGGUAGUACACUGGACAUUCACAUGAGAAGUGUUUUGCAUCAGACUCGUGCGAGCAAGUUACCGGAUCUUGCUGCAAGCGGACAACUAGAUCUUGCUCGUCCGCUGAUCGAACAGCCACCUCCGUCGAGUCCCAAUAGUCCACCGUGCAACACCAAUACCAGUAAUGCCGGUACGAUGCUCUCUUGUCCUCGUUGCAGCGCCCUUUUUGUAAAUCAAGAACAACUUUCUACUCAUCAACAAUUGUAUUGUAUCUUCAGCAAUCCAUUGGCAUUGUUCCAACAAUUAGCAGCUUCGCAACAAUUAGCUUCUACCGGUCCUGCUAAAACGCCACCGCCUACGUCCACCACACCAGGACCUCAUCAACAUUUGCAGCAGGUGACGCAACACUCGUCUCAGACUGCUCAAGAGCUUUUAGCGCAGCCACGUCACAAAACAUCACAAAUGUACAAACAUCUUUUGGAGAGUUUCGGUUUCGAUCUCGUGAUGCAAUUCAAUGAAAAUCAUCAGAGACGUCAAAGGAAAGAAGAGGAAGCCGCAGCAGCCCUUCAAGCUCAGCAAGAACAGCAAAAGCAGGAGCAACAGAAACAGGCGCUUGCCGCUCAGGCUGCACAAGAAAGAGAGGAAGAAAUUGAAGAGCAUACGGACGAAGACGUUAUUCCUGAAUUAACAAGAAGUACUUGUCAGCAUUGUAACAAGGAGUUCAGUAGUGUUUGGGUGUUAAAAGCUCAUUGUGAAGAGGUUCAUCGAGAUUUAGUGCCGCGCGAGUUCCUUGAGAAAUACGCUCAACAAUUUAAGUGCGAGUAUGAAAAGAAAAGCGUCGUAGUGACAGCAGCAACAUCGUCUUCUACAACGACAGCACCUAGAAGUUCUACACCAGCAGCCAGUCAGCCACAGGACAUUAGUUCUGAGAAAGAACAACGUGAAAAGGAAAAGGAAGACAACUUAGAGAUAAAAGAGCGCAUAACCAGAACACCGGAAGCAACUUCUACCACUCCGGCAACAACGCCUGUCUUGAGCAAUACUCCUGUAUCGAGCACCGAUUCCAUCACGCCUACAGUUCUACCUACUAAUCCACAACACCAGCAUACUAUUCCACAACAGCAGCAACAACAACAGCAACAGCAGCAACAACAGCAGCAACAACAGCAGCAGCAACAACAGCAACAACAGCACGCUCAGUUAACAUUAGCUCAGCAGGUGUCCGAAAUGCAAGCGGCUUUGAAUGCGAUGGCAGCGUCUCAACUGCAGCAACAAUUGCAACAAUAUCCUGGAUUAAUGAUGGGCAUGAUGGGAUUACCUCUGGGAUUAAACGUACCAGCUCUGGCAGCAAUGAACCUCCAACCACCUUUGGUUCCGAUGAUGUUACCACCACCUCCGUACGAUGGAGCAGCCGCGGCUUAUCCUCCCAUAAAUGCUCAAGCUGAUUUACUCGCGAAACAACAUCUCGCCUUGCAACAGCAGCAAGCAGCUGCGGCAAAUGCAGCAGCUUCGCAGAAACGAGCACGUACGCGUAUAACGGACGAACAACUAAAGAUCUUGAGAGCACACUUUGACAUUAAUAAUUCCCCGGGUGAAGAGCAAAUUUUAGACAUGGCCGCACAAAGUGGCUUACCACCGAAAGUCAUAAAGCAUUGGUUCCGCAAUACGUUAUUUAAAGAGAGGCAACGUAACAAAGAUAGCCCGUACAAUUUUAACAAUCCACCGAGUACCACGUUAAAUCUCGAGGAGUAUGAGAAAACCGGAGAGGCUAAAGUUACUCCACUAAAUUCGAGCGUAUCGGGAGGUAGCUCCUCGGACGAUAAAAGCCCGAACAAACAAACGACGCCACCACCGUCGAUGGCCACGGUCUGUAAUUCACAGACUACAGAAAUAAAACAAGAGACACUGGAUCAGCCGCAAUGUCAUCAACAGUCGCAACAAUCGCAACAAUCGCAUCAGGAAGAACAACAUCACUCACCUGGUAGUUCCGGUGGACAACAAUCACGACCGCAUUCUCCGGCUCUCAGUAUGAGUUCAGUAUUUUCAGGUAUCCAUCACGAUGUUUCAUCUCAUACUCCUUCAACCACUACUGCACCAAGCACACCAAUGUUACCACCAAAACUAACACCACAGAAUUUUGCAAGUCCUACGCCAGGCGGUGGAGGAGUCGUACCAAGUGCGAUCGCUGCCAUGGCGUUGACACCACAGAGAUCAUUAAGUCCUGGACGUGGACCGACGGAUUAUUCCUUCGGAGGUAACAGCAACGGUAGUAAUUCAUCAGGCGGUAGUUCAGGAAAACGUGCAAAUCGAACUAGAUUCACCGACUAUCAAAUCAAAGUUUUACAAGAAUUCUUCGAGAACAAUGCUUAUCCCAAAGAUGACGAUUUGGAAUAUCUAAGCAAAUUACUUGGACUCAGUCCGCGAGUAAUAGUCGUUUGGUUCCAGAAUGCUAGACAGAAAGCACGGAAAGUGUAUGAGAAUCAACCGGCCGCGGAACCCGUGACACCUGGCGGGCGUGAGGGUGACGAUGGAUCUGGAAGAUUUCAAAGAACACCUGGAUUGAAUUAUCAGUGUAAGAAAUGCCUGUUGGUAUUCCAAAGAUACUACGAACUUAUUCGUCAUCAGAAGACACAUUGUUUCAAAGAGGAAGACGCAAAGCGUAGCGCUCAAGCUCAAGCUGCGGCAGCUCAAGUCGCUGCUGUUUUAAGCUCAGAGGAUAGUAACAGCAGUUCCACCACCACUACCACCAAUGCUGUCACCAACAAUCCACCGACUACGCCCGCUCUUACGGAACAAUUGCAACAACCGUUGAACGCAACGGCCUCUCCCCAUCACCAGCAACAAACGUUGUCCCAACAACAUCAACAGUCCCAACAGCAAUCGCAGCAACAGCAACAGCAGCAACAACAACAGCAACAACAACAGCAAGCGCAGACUGAAUCCAAGGAAGGUAGCUUUCAGUGCGACAAAUGCAACUUGAUGUUCGGUCGAUUCGAACUUUGGCGCGAACAUCAGCUAGUACAUAUCAUGAACCCGUCCCUGUUCCCGCCGGCCUAUCCGCCAGACUCUCCAUUUGGAAUUCUACAACAGCAAGCACUGAACGCUACCUCCGGAGCUGCAACGGAUGCUCCUCAUCCUUUGAUCGCCAUGAUGCAAGACAGGAAAAGGAAGUACGAAGACUUUGACGAUACCUCGGGUACGGAUGCACGUUCGAACUCGGAGCACAGCGAACAACCGAAAGACAAACGUUUGAGGACAACGAUAUUACCGGAACAAUUGGAUUACCUUUAUCAAAAAUAUCAGAUAGAGUCGAAUCCGUCGAGAAAAAUGCUGGAGACGAUCGCACGAGAGGUAGGACUAAAGAAGCGUGUUGUACAAGUGUGGUUUCAAAAUACUCGUGCUCGCGAGCGCAAAGGUCAAUUUCGUGCACACAGUCAGGUGAUAAACAAACGAUGUCCAUUCUGCCCGGCAUUAUUCAAGGUAAAGUCCGCAUUGGAGUCACACCUGAGCAGUAAACACGCGGACCAAGUAGCACGUGGAGAAGUAAACAUUGACAACAUACCCGACGAGGAGUUAUCGAUGGAAUCGGCACCAUCGAACCCCAGCACGCCGAACAUGAUGCCACCACUCUUCCCCCCUUUCAAUACAGACAUGGAAGCUUCACUGAAGAAGUAUUACGAGGAGUCGAUGAAACGGUAUAUCAGCGAGCUUCAGGCUCAUGCUAGCAACGGCAAACAGGAAUCGUCGAACCAUCAGAGCGGUGUUAACAUCGGUGAAUCGCCAUUGGAUCUGAGCAAACCGGUCGACUUGAGCCGCCCGGUGAAACUCAGUCUCGGUGGUCUGAGCAAUCUUUUAGAGGAGCAACACAGUGGCCAUUUCCGGGGUGGUAGCGAUUGCGGUCCGCUGACCGAUCUCUCGGAACGUAGUAUUUGUGGGGAUGACGAUAGUAUGAGCGAAACAACCGAGUUCUUGGACGACGAGAGUGGACCAGCGAGCCCUGCAUCGAGCACUCAAAGUUCGAGGCAAGGACCGGCGACUGGCGUGAACGCCGGUACAACGGUCGGUCCGGCUGCUAGCGGGAAUACGAGUGUACCCGCUGGAGCUACCGGACAGUCCGCUGGCAAGAGAUACAGAACGCAGAUGUCGGCGACGCAAGUGAAGGUGAUGAAGUCGCUCUUCUCGGACUACAAGACGCCAACUAUGGCCGAGUGCGAGAUGCUCGGCCGCGAGAUAGGCCUACCGAAACGCGUCGUCCAGGUCUGGUUCCAGAACGCGCGUGCCAAGGAAAAGAAGGCCAGGCUCGCGGCUGGGUUACCGGCCGAGGGCUCAGCCGUUCAACCACAUCGCGGUCCGACCGGGCCGGACGAGUGCAGGCUUUGCUCCGUCCGGUACUCACCGAAAUCACCUCUUCAGGAGCACGUCUUCUCACGACGGCACAUCGACUCGGUCCGCGUUGCCGUUGAAGAGGGUAGUCUGGUACCUCCUACACCUGGUGCACCGAUUACCGCGCAACCGGUCUGCGCUAGCGCGACCAUUCCUAACUCUCCCCUCAUUGUGACCAAUCAACAACAACCUGCCCAGCAGCAACAACAGCAACAACAACAGCAGCAGCAGCAGCAGCAGCAACAACAGCAGCAGCAGCAGCAAUCUGCCCAGCAGCAACAGUCCGACGAAAACAUGAUGUAUGGAUCCUUGUUCCUCCAUCCCACGGCGAUGUUCCAGCCGCAGCAGCAGCAACAUCCGGCAGCCGCUGCGGCCAGCACAGCUACCACCACGGCCGUAGCGGCUCAGGGCUUAAGUGGCAGCGUUCACGGUGCCAGUCUGAUGUCGCUUCACGUCGAGGGUGGGACGCAGGUGCAGGUGCCACGUUCCCUGAUGCAGGCGUUCCUACAACAAGAUCCGAAUCAUCCUGGUUUGGAGACGGUACGUUUGCCAACUCCACCCUGCGAUUCGAACGAGAAUGUUCAAGCACAGCAUUGUCGUGAGGUUGAAACGGAAUUGUGUUUGGUUUGUCGACGAUGUGGCCGAGCUUAUCCCCAGGAGUCAACGCUCCUGGUUCAUCAGCGUUCCUGUUACUUGGGUAAUCAGCAACGUCGGGGUGCUCUGCGUUUAGUACAGUCUCGUUACGCUUGUACACUUUGCGAUCCCGGUAGUAACACACCACAGCGAACGUACACGACCGUAACCGAGUGGCGUCGACACUCUGAGACGCCGCAGCAUCGUGCUCGUUUAGAAAUCGUUCAAGGACGCCAACAGCAGCAACAGCAACAGCAACAACAACAGCAGCAAUUCGGUUAUCCCGAUCCAAACGGACAAACGGGAAACGAGGAGGCGAAUCCUUUGACGGACGAGAUGGAGGACGUCGUCAAUCAAAUCACCCUGUUGGCCGCACGUGCGGCCGCCGAGAGCACGACCGGUCAAUCGCAGGGUAACAACGAGAGGGCCAAUCAGGACAACAACAACGGACCCGACGCCAAGAGACAGAAACUCGUACAGGAGGUCACCGCACUGGCUGGAGCCCGUUAAAAGGGAAACUCGUCCUUCGAUUUUCGCUUUCGGGAUAGAAAGAGUGAGUGAGUGAGAGAGAGAGAAAGUAAUAGAAUGAGAGAGAGAGAGAGAGAGAGAGAGAGAGAAAGAUAAAGAGAGUCGUCCAUCCAUUUUCAUCGGGAAGGACAUCUCGUCGGGCUCUUAUUCGACUCCACCGGCAAGAAUUUACAUUCUAUGCCGAUGGAAUAUUAGUAAAAGCCUUUUCGCACUAUUCGGGGCACCGUGGCUUUUUUUUAGUAAGAGGCCCGUUUGCUAACCGAGAGGUACCAAGAUGGCGAUAGGGCGGACCAUAAUCGGUCCGAACCCUCUCGUCCUUCCUUCGUUGCGCCCGUACGUUCUUCGCGUGGCUCAACUUGCCUAUUAUUUUUGUAACGACGUAAGCACGCAGCGCGCCGCCAGUUAGCGCGCUUUAACAAAGUUCCUCCGAUAGAAAGAAACGAAACGAAUAAGGGAUAUGUUGAAGAAAGGAAGGAAGGAAGGAAGGAAGGAAGAAAGAAGGAAAGAAAGGAGCGAAGAAGAGAAAGAGAGAGAGAGAGAAUUGGUACGAAGUUAGGUUAGAAAAACUCGAAAAAUAAGAAAGAAAUAAAGAUGAAGGAUAUACGGUGGUCGGGGUGAAAACUUUUUUUUUGCUCUUUUAUCACCGGCCAUCACGCGGUACGAGAAAGAUGAGUAAGAGAAAGCUGAAGAGACUUGAAAGAUAGAGAGAUAGAGUGGAAGAGAGAAAGAGAAAAGAAAAUGGGGCAUAUACGAUGUAAGGGCGCACGAGCGUCGACUAGAAGAAGAAGAAGAGAGAGAGAGAGAGAGAGAGAGAGACACACGGGAGAGAUUUGUCCGAGGUGGACUCACUUAAACGUUCCUAUGUAAAGUAAUAAUAAAGAUUUAAAAGAAGACAAAAGAGUUAUACUAAGAAACAAAAAAUGAAAAAAAAAUGGAAAAAAA